AUGUAUCCGAAGAUGAAACUGAUGAUUCUUUUGUUGUGUUUGGAUUUCCUGAUCCUGUCCCUCAUGCUGCUCUCCGCGGUCGCGCUGCUCGUCCUGACGAUCCUCGCCGGCAUGAAGGGCGAUCCCGUCACCGUCAUCCUCGCCAUCAUGACCGUCGCCCUCUUCAUCUCCUGUCCCGUCGCCAUCCACUUCUUCAUCGUGAUCUACUCGUAUUAUAAGGAACUCGAGAAUGCGUCGCCGCCUGGAGAAGGGCACGGACUGGUCGGUCUCCGAGCCCCCCCCGCGCCGCCAGGCGGGGACUGAGCGGCGUCGUCCGGGGGGGACCUCCCUUUUCCCUUCGCGGCUCGGUCGGGGCGGAGAGACGAGUUUCCCAUCUUUACGACGUGUGGCUCGGUCCGAUUUGGAAUGCAUGUUUGUGGAAUGUUUUCUGAAUCGUUGGCUUCCAUUCGAGAACUGUCCUCGUGACCGAAAAUACGCGAACCGCGAAGACCGCGGGACCGAUCGGGGGG